GGGUUUUUGGCCCAGCGACAGGCUAGCGGGCGCCAUCGCUGGUACCAGGAAUACGGGAGCGCGAGUCGCACAGAAUGGCACACUUGUUAGGUAGGGAGAGCGCGAAGGGCUCAAGGGAGACAAGAACGUCCACCUGGGCCUCGGGCCUAGCGGAUGACAUGCUUGGGCGGCUCGUCACGUUAUAAGGUAACCGGUACACUGGCUGGAUCCAUAGCAGCCCACUGGGGUACCGGUGCGGGACUGCGAACAGACGCACCGGAGAAAGUACCGAGGGGCUCGCCAGGACGAUGGCGCGAGGUACUGCGUACUUGCACGUUGGACAGACUUGUACGAGUACCUUGGCCCUCUGUGAGCGAAGCGCGAGUACCGGUACGUGGGCGACAGUUGACAGCCGACCGCUGACAGCUUGUCGCCUCCAAGCCAAUUCUCACGUCGCCAUCUCGCCUCGUUAUCCACUUGGGCCAGCUGGGCAGAGCGAAGACGGAGAUGCAGCACGCAACACGCAACACGCAACACCCGUUCCGCUGGCGAUUUCUUUUUUUUUUUUUUUUCCCUUUUUCAUUUGCCCGUCAUGCUGGGUGUCUGUCUGUUAUCCGCACGGCCUCACGGGCAAAUCAAAUCAAAGCAAAUCAGCUCAGCAGGGCGCGCGCACAUCGAGGCAAUGCCUGCUUCUGGUCGCUGUGCAAUAAUCGGCCACCCUUGCCCUCCACUUUUUCGACCCUCCCACCGCCGUCGCAUCGCAGCUCGUCCGAGAGCAGUAAAUGCAUAUCCGUAACCCUAUGGAUGUACGGCGUGCAGUGCAGUACCGGUACUGACUGUACUCGUGCAGGAUUGAAGGGAGAGGGAGGGGUCGGACCAGGACCAGAACCAGAGAGGCACAUGCUCGAGACUCGACCCGAGCUGGAGACACACACGGACUGACACGACGAAAAGAGAGAUCCGAAUAAAGGAACAACAAGAAAAAAAAAGCCUCGGUCCUUGGACAUUUGAUGCUGUUUCAGCCACCUCGACGGGGUCGCAUUCAGAAUAUUG